AUGUUUCAAGGCCUCCCCACUCCUCCAGACGCUUUGCCCCUCCCCUCCUCGCUCCCCUCCCUCCCCUUGCCUGCCCCUCCCCUCCCCUCCCCCCCAGCCUCCUCUCGCACUCCCCUUCGCUCGCAGGUCGCCGGCGGCGAGUACGAGUACGAGGUCUGCCUCUACAGCCGCGCGACCCAGCGCGGGAGAGGCAAGGGGAAAGCUGCCUUCUCCCUCGGGCGGGAGUGGGCUUGGGAGACCGCCGGCGCCGUGGGUGUGCUGCGCGGAGGGGACAAGUGCGGCGCCGGCCCGAAGCGGUCGGUCCGCAUCACGUUCGAGUGCGCGGAGAGCGAGAAGCUCGGGCCAGUGAGCGAGCGAUCCACUUGCGCUUACGCCACGACCCUCGCCACGCCCGCCGCGUGCUGA